UAAAUAAUGUCUCUAGUGUAAAACAUGAUCAAUUUACGAACAUUUUCUCAUUAUUCAUACUUUUUGGUUAUCGUUUUCAAUGAGAAAACACGAUGUCAAGGUGACUGUGACAAUGGUUUAACCAGCCCUGGCGGAAAAUGUUGUGCAAAUUAUUACAUGGUUAAUGGAAGUUGUCAAGUCUGUCCUGUGGGAUACUUUGGUAGUGAAUGUACGGUUCCAUGUUAUUAUCCGACAUUUGGAAUGCUUUGUAAGCAGAAAUGUGAAUGCAACAUAACAGACUGUAAUCAUAUGUAUGGCUGUGAAAGUGAUGGUGACUGUGACAACGACGAGACAAAAUCUGGCGGAGGCUGUUGUACAAAUUAUUACAUGGUUGAUGGGCGUUGUGAAGCCUGUCCUGUAGGAUAUUUUGGUAGUAACUGUGGAGUUCCAUGUCAUUAUCCGGCAUUUGGACGGUUCUGUACAGACGAAUGUGACUGCAAUCAAUCAGAAUGUAAUUAUCGUUAUGGUUGUAAAAGAGAUGCGUCAACAGCGCCAAUCAGAACUGCUGUUCAAAGUAAUUCUUCCUCAAGAAUCUUUAUCAGCCACAGUUUCACUAAACAUAUUGUCACAACGUAUCACCCCUCCAAAAUUAAUCCUUCCAUUGAAUUCAACUCAACGACACUUACUUUGAUCAUUGGCGGAGUCGUUAUAUUUUUCUUAAUGGUAAUAAUAAUCUUUCAAAUUUACGAGAGAAAUUGUAAAAAUCGAGAAAGAAAAGUACCCGCUGUAUAUGUUCAGAGAAGUACAUAUGAGGACACUGCGGAGUCGGUAUACUGUGACAUCGACGACCGUUAUGAAACUAUGGAAACCAAUAGUCCUCCAACUGUGCACAAAAGAGAGGACAUACCACUCUGUGAGGUCACCUCAGAUCCUCAAUUGGUUCUGCAUACACCGCUCAAGAAUGAUCCAACGGGGUCUUCCGGUCCUGGCUGGGAAGAAUCUUCUGACGAGAAGAGUACAGAACCGGAAGUGUCCAGCAGCAAUAGCACGUCAAGCGAUGGGUCGUAUUCAAAGCCAGUAACUACCGAGAAUAAAUAUAAGUACGUUAAAAUCAUUGACUCGGCUGACAGAGAUGGGAUUGUUUGCAUCGAAAGCAGUGAAACAUCAGAAAGGGAAAUAAACGUCUUGUCCACCCAUGAUACGGAAAACGAAACAGUUAUAGGAGUCCAUUCAAAGGACAAUCCAUAUUUGGAUGUGAUUCACAAUUGAGAUGAAAUCACUGAAAAUUAUAAUACA